UGGAACAUGGAUGCCUCCUUCAAGGCUUUAGUAUAUAAUCUUGCUCACCCCCCAUGGUUGAUGAUCCUUUUAUCCACUUUUAUAUCUACACAUUCUUCUAGUAUAAUUCUUGCUGCCUAUUCCUGAACAGAAUAUAAACCCUUCUGUUUCCAAACCACCUCGAUCUUCUUUGUCCUCUGCUAUCACUCCCAUCCAGUCCCACAGCUAUACCGUCAAACUCCGUCACAGUGUCUCCCCGAAGGUCUUCUCGUUUCCUCACAUUACCUCGACUCUUCCCCAUACGAGAUACGGUUGUCCAUCAGCCAACUCCUGGUAGAAGACGGUCAUUGCGACGUUCUUCCACCAUGCCUGCCCCAAUCGAUGUCGUCGAUCCCGUCUUGCCCGUGCGCGAGCUCGAGGCUGACGAAGAGUACGUGAUGGUCGCCUUUGAGCGCCAUGCAAGCCACUGUACUCGAUGCGCAGAUCCGCUCGGAGCGCGCAAAGAAGACCGCUCUCUCUGUGAGCGUGGACACCAAUACGCCGUCGACGUCGCCGACUACCUGUACAGCAAGAACGGAAAGUCGUUUUCGACCCUCGACCGUGAGCGCAACCAGCCUACUCUCGUCAAGAUCCCCCGCGACUGCCGCGCUGUCCGCGCAUUGCUCCUCGCCAUUGAAGAUGGCCUGCGCCUGAACCGCAAAGAACAGGGUGCUGUCCAACCCCCUCGGUCACCGUCACCUAUCAUCACCUACGACCGGAACUACCCCGUUCCUCCUCGUCGAUCGACAAGCCCACAACAGCAGCCCGUUUCAUACACUGAGAUCAUUGAGCGCGAGCCCCGUGACGCAAUGCGUCGUCGGGUCAUUGUCUACUCUUCUCCUCGUAGCUCUCCUAGCCGGAGCUCCCCCAGUCGGAGCUCCCCCAGCCGGGGCUCGCUGUACGAGUCUGAUGCAGCGGAGCGCAGACGCUUCAGGGAGUCUUCACGGAUCUACAGACCCACUGAAUACCACCGUUGAGCGCUCCCGCCUGUUGAGUUUCUGGUUUAUCUUACACUCUACUACCUCUACGGACCACUAUAUAGCCGUGCUGCAGGCAGUGCUAUUGGAUCUCUGUCGUCUUUGCACACACACGCACGAUUCAGCCGGGCAGGGCCCAGCUCAUGCGCGAAUCCAUAACACGCACAAUGUGCCCAUCCGACCACUGUCUAAACCGGUACGGAUGUUCGCGCCGAUUGGCGUCUUCAGUGGGGUUUCCCUCGCAAAGAAUGGUUUCCUAUGUGAACUAGCCAUCUUAAUUUGAAGACAUUACCUCUACACUGUUCGAAAGGACAGCUUUCCAAAAACCCAAAACAAACGGGAAAAAUCCGAGAAAGUGAAGAAAAAAAGGUGGUGUUUACAACCAAGUUGCAAGUUUAGUUUGUUGGACUUUUCAGUUGAUGUGAUUGGAAGAAUGUAUGCAUGCAGGGAGUGAGUCAUGAGCUUUUACUUUCUGCGAACUGUAGGCUUUAGCCUAUGAGAUUGGAUGGAGUUUACUAGUUGUACUUCUCCGCACACCCUCAACAUUGCAUAACAUUGAUUGGGUGAACCUUUUCCUAUGUUUACUAUGACUUUAUGACUCGAUGUAUUGAUGAAGAUUGUGGAGAAAACAUCCAAAAAAAAAAGAAAAAAAAA